ACGCCUUUCUGUUAUGGUGUUAUUGAUAGUAUUCACAUUUGAUUUUCUGUCUGUGUGGAUGAUUUUCGGAGGAUUGUUUAUUGUAUGCACAUGAUCAAAAUGAAACUGUGGUUCUAAAUAUGUAUAUGCUUUCUCUUGUUACCUCAUUUUGUUUGGUGAGUUUUUUAGUCAGUUCGUUGCCUUUUCCCCUGCAGCUACUUAACCAAUCUCUGGCUUUAAUCCUUAUUUUUUCUCCUUGUUUUGCAGCAGUUUCGUAUCUGAGGGCCGAGUAUGGAUUCUGAACCAACUAAUUGGCUGAAGAAAACGGCCAAAAGGCCAGGAGAAUGGUUUAAUCCUGAAAGGUCUGCAAAGAGGUCGCGUCCACGUGAAGAUAGAAAUCCUGAAAGUUCUGAAAAGAGAUUCAGGGUUCUUCUGCCUAAUGGAACCAUUGUGGAUCUUAAAAUCCGUCACAUUGGUGGUAUAAUGCCAAUCCAGGUGUUCACUGAUUUGUUGAAGUUGAAGUGUCCAGCCGUUCUAACAGAACAGAGGAGAAUUGAAUGGAAAAGUGGGGAUUUGCAUUUUGUGGAUGCUUUUGAGAAUAAGAUUAGAAGUGAACUUGAUCUUACGAAAUAUAAGCCAAAUGACUGUCACUUUUUAAGGCUGAAGGAUGGAUCUUCUGAAGCCGAUACGUAUGAGAACAUGUGGGACUUAACCCCGGACACGGAUUUGCUUAAGGAGCUACCAGAAGAGUAUACCUUUGAAACUGCUCUAGCUGACUUGAUCGAUAAUUCAUUGCAGGCUGUGUGGUUGAACGAGAAAAAAGAGAGGAAGUUAAUUAGGGUAAAAGUUUCAGAAAACAGUAUUGAAAUCUUUGAUACAGGCCCAGGAAUGGAUGGAAGUCCUGAAAACUCAAUUGUGAAGUGGGGAAAGAUGGGGGCAUCUUUGCAUAGAUUAGCGAGAGAAAAAAGCAUAGGAACCAAACCGCCAUACUUAACGCCUUACUUCGGCAUGUUUGGCUAUGGAGGACCCAUUGCAACAAUGCACUUAGGAAGGCGUGCUGUAGUAUCCUCCAAGACGAAGAAAUCAGAGAAAGUGUACAAAUUACAUUUGGAAAGAGAAGCUUUACUGAACUCCAAUCCAGAAAAGACUUGGAGGACAAAAGGUGGUUUAAGAGAUCCCAUGAGAGGUGAACUGUCAGAAGCACCACAUGGAAGUUUCACAAAGGUUACAAUUUUUGAGCCUAGACUGGGAGGUGUGAACCUAGAGAAACUCCAAUGCAAGCUGAAGGACAUCUAUUUCCCAUACAUUCAGUGUGAUGAAUUAUCCAGGAGAGGAAGAACUGAAAAGCCAGUUGAGUUCCAGGUAAAUGGCAUCGACUUGGCAGAAGUAUUAAGUGGAGAGGUAGCACUUACAAACAUACACUCAUGCAAUGGACCAUCAUUUGUUGUACAAUUACGCUUCACCAAGGAGACAAGCCAAAAUGUAUCAUCUUCAAGCGCUGCAUCUAGAGCAUCCGGAGAAGCAAAUGCAUGUCUCAAAUGCGUUUAUUUCCCUAUCAUCGAGGGCAAAGAGAGCAUUGACAGUAUACUGGAGAAACUAGAACAAGAUGGAUGCGGCAUUACUGAAAACUUCAAGAGUUUCAGUCGUGUUUCUGUUCGUCGACUAGGACGUCUACUUCCAGAUGCACGUUGGGCAUGGCUUCCAUUUAUGGAGCCCAAGCAGAAAAAGGGAGUCAAGGGGCAAAUCUUAAAGAGAUGCUGCUAUCGAGUCAAAUGCUUCAUUGAUACUGAUGGUGGCUUCAACCCAACAACUUCUAAGACAGACUUGGCGCAUCAAAGUCCAUUUACCCUCGGCCUGAAAAGUUUUGGGAAGAAAGAUCUUGGCAAGGAGAAAGAUGUCCGUAUUGAAAUUAUCCACGAUGGGAAGGAAAUUAGUCUGUCAAAACUGGAGAAGCUAUAUGAAGACUGGAUUUCUAAUAUGCAUGAUCAGUUCGAUGAAGAAAUGGCCACUGGCAAUGAUGAAGCAGUGCUUAUAGUUGACCCUCCAAAUAACAAAGACCUUGGAAUCUCUUCUGAGGUGAUUAGGGUUCACAAACUUUUUUGGAGAAAAGAAGUAUUGUGGAGAUCUGGACAGAAGAUAAAGAUUCUUAAAGGAGCAUAUGCUGGCUUUCAUAGAACUGAUACAUAUGCUACUUUGGAGUAUAUUAUCCUUGAAGGUUGGCAAGGGGAUGCUGGAUGUGAAGCUCGGCUUAUUUGUAGGCCUAUAGAUGUCCCUGAUAAGGAUGGCUGUGUGAUCACUGAUGUUAAAGACAAUCCAACCAUCAGGCUGGGAAGCUCCAUCUCUCUGCCAGUUAGUGUCAUAGAUUGUGAUAAAUUCGUACCCAUUGAAGAUGCUGCGUGGGAUAACCAAAUUCAGAAGCGUAAUCAGAAAAUGCCGUCCUCUAUCGAGAUAUUGGGAGCCCGGGAUUGUCAUGAAUUAGGAUUUAGAGGGGCACUUCCUGACGAUGUAAUUGAUGCUGGUUGUGACCCUUCUGAGGAAAUUGUUGCGGUCAUUCGUCCUGCAUUUUUUAAUAGCACACCUUCCAAGAAUGGGGACAGGAUGCAAAUAGUUCAAGAAAAACAUCGAAUGAUGAUAGAAAUUAGAUACGUUGCUGAAAAUUCUGGUGCAGAUUAUGUAAAAGUCUUUUCCGGGGAAAUGACCCCAUCUUCACUGAAGGGUGUCCACGGCUUCUAUAUCUUUAAACUUAGGAAGGAGUUUCCUAAGUUAUUUGAACGAGCUGGUGUCUAUACAUUUUUUCUUUCCCUGAAAGACAAGAAAAAUGUACAUUGUGAGAGAAGUAUAAAUGUCAAAGCACUAUUGAAGGUCAAAAGUUGGCGACUGCUAGGUGAUAAGGAGAGUACAAAUUUCACUGCAAGGGCCGGUUCUUGUUUUCCGCCUUUCUCCAUUGCAUGCUUUGAUAAGUAUGACAAUCGCUUGCGGUUUCCUGCCAACCUCAAUGUGAAGAUGAAGGUGAUGAGUAGUUACAAAGGUUUCACUGCUCUGCUGAGCAAUAAGGAGGAGUUCAUUUCUUCUGACGAGCUAACGCUAACAAUAAAGGAUGUGCAGGUGGAAAGCUGUGACUUGGAUAAGAUUCGGCCAAGCUAUCGUGUCACCUUGUUUAUAUUUCCUCCAGAUGAAUUGCCUUCUGUAAUCAUUCCUAGUCAAGUGUUUCCUGGAGUUCCUAGACGUGUCUUAUUUGAUUCAGCAAAAUUCAUAAAGCAAUUGAUACCUGGGGAGAUCAUUAAGGACCUAGUUUUAGAGGUUUUUGAUGGCUAUGAUAAUCAUGUCAAAGAAAAUGAGUCUAUUCGCUUGCAAGUAGAUGGUUUCUAUAUAAAUGAUGAAAGAGGUUUGACUUUCAAGGCAAAUCAAAGUGGUUCUGUUGAUUUAUGCGAUCUUUUUCAAGUUGCACGGGGAUUUGGUGAGAGUGUUUCCUUCUCUGUGAUUUCGGAUCAUCAAACAAUUUUUAAGGAAGUGUUUCAAAUAGAAAGAAGAGAGCUCCGAGCUGCAUUUGGAAUGCCAAUACGUAUUGCUGCUGGCAGUCACUUGAAUAAUUUAAUAUUUGAGGUCGUAAAGAUGGAUGGUGAAGUGGAUAGAGAUAUCCACGGUGGUCACCACCAUAGUCUCACUAUUAGAUCAGAGUCGAUUGAUCUAGAUGAAUCGCUGACAUAUGACUUCCACUUAGGACGCUGCACUGUCCAAAAAAUUCCUCUUCCACAAAAGGAAGGAAAGUUCAACAUCAAAGCUACUCAUUCAAAUCAUCCAGAGCUUCAUCUGAAUGUGGAGGUGCAUAUCCUGAACCAAUUGCAUGAGCGUAAAGAUGGACCCUCACAAACAGAAGGAAAUAUCUUGUCCCACUCUUUCUUUGAUAAGCGGCUACAAUCUUCAGACAAAGGGCUUUUGCUUCUUCCAGCCCCGUCUACUCCUUCAGUUAUUGGGAACUUGAAAAAAUGCAUGACAAAUGAUCAUAAGCUUGAAAAUGUUCCACCUCAUGGUUCAGAAGGCCAUCGUCUGUCUUUCAAGGAAUCCUCUGGAUUAGGGCACUACAAUGAUGCCUUGCAUACACCUGCAGAAAGGAGUAUCAUGUGCCUACCAGACUCAACUUUCCCUUCUCAUGUUGAAAGUUUGGCUACUGAUAAUGUGCUUGAGGAUGAGCCUCUCGAGCAGUUGAGCCUGCAGGAGCUUGAGGACCAGAUUUUGCAAUAUGGUUCUUGCAUCAAAGAGCAUGAAGUGAAAAUAGAAUUUCUCAUUCUUCAGCAGUCCAAAAUUGAGGAAGACAUUUCCCACUUGAAAGGUAGUUUGGAUCUUGAUGAAAGACAUGAUAUCGAUUGCACAUACGAGAAAGAGUUAGUCAUGGAAAGAAUUGUUUCAAAAGUUGACACUGCUGCUGCUGUGUUAUGCCAAUUAUUUCAAUCAUCUUCUGAAGAGACAGACUGUGAUCUUCCAAAUGAUGUUAUUGGUGUUGUUGCAUGUCUUGGAUCAGUUUGCAGUAAUGAUAUCAGCAGGAUACUUGCACGAUAUUUGGGUGAAGAUCAAAUGCUUGGUAUUGUUUGCAAAUCUUAUGCAGAAGCAUCACGUUUUGAGAAGCAUGAAUCAGAUGGAACUGUAAAUAAUGCCUGUGGUCUUCAUGCCCUGGCAGCUAAACUUGGGAUGUCUAUAAAUAAGCAAUAUCUCGUAUUCUGCCUUGAGAACAUUAGGCCUUACACUGGGGAAGUUUCUACUGAUUCUGAGAGGAAACUUUUAUUACCAGCUCCCAUCAUGCCAAAUGGAAAUCCUCCCCCUGGAUUUCUGGAUUAUGCGGUGAACAUGAUAAACCUUGAUGUGCAUUAUCAGCGAUGGAUGACUCCUUCAGGUUAUGGUCUUCGGGAGACAUUAUUCUAUUGCCUAUUUGGUGAGCUACAAGUGUAUGAAAAUAGGAAAUAUAUGAACUGGGCAAACUCUUGCAUCAAAGAUGGCGCUGUCUCACUGGAUGGAGGAAUAUUGAAAGGAAAUGGAGUAUUAUCUCUUGGAUAUGGGGACGUAGCCAUACAGUUUCCUGUAGUUCCAAGUGAGUGCAAUAUGCAACUUUCCCACAGAAUGGUAGAAAUUAGAAAGCAGAUGGAGGGUAAGGAGGAAGAACUCAGAGAGGCGCACGAUCAGCUCACAAGAGAGCAGAAAGCCCGUGAAGAAGUACUGAAGAAGUUCAGAGUAAGGAAAGAGAGAUACGAGAAUGUGUUGGACAACAUUGAAAGAUCAUCCUCAGCUAUGCUAUGUAAAAUUCAGUUCGAAUAG